CAAAGAAGAAGGAGUUACGCUGUCUAGAACAACAACAGCUGCCAAUUCAAAGUCAAGUGUGAUGUCCCCGGGUUCUUACUGUGGUGUUCCAGCACAGAGAAGCUCACAGUGGGGUCCAGAGAUGGUCUUAGUGAAGCUGGAGGACUGUAGUCAACCACUGGAACUCAAUGUGAUAGUCAAAGAGGAAGAGGAGGAGAGAGAAGUCAAAGAAGAGGAGAUGGGGAUUAAAGCGGAGGAGGAGGAGAGAGCAUUCAAAGAGGAGGAGACGGAGGAGAGCGCAUUCAAAGAGGAGGAGAUGGAGGAGAGCGCAUUCAAAGAGGAGGAGGCGGAGGAGAGAGCAGUCACAGAAGUGGAGAACAGGGAAGAGGAGGAAGAAGUAGAUGCUAACACUGACCCAGGAGAGAGCUCCAACCCAGGUUCAGACAGUGAGCCCAGUUCCACAGCAUCAGGAAACCAUAAACAACACAGACGGAGGAACUCAAGACAGAAACAUCACCACUGCAUGGACUGCUUCACUAGUUUCAAUGAGCCAGAGGAGUUGAGAAGGCACACUUGUAGGCCCCGCUCCUGCUCAGAUUGCAGAGGCAGCUUUAUUUGCCCAACUCACCUCAAAUCAAAACAGACUCAAAAAAGGAGGAAGGUGUACCCAUGUGGUCAAUGUGGGAAGAGAUUUCAAACACCAAGCAAACUAAAGACGCACCAGAGAACUCACACAGGAGAGAAGCCGUACCACUGCUCUGUUUGUGGGAAGGGUUUCAGUCAGUCGAACCACCUAAAGAGACACCAGAGAACUCACACAGGACAGAAGCCUUUCCACUGCUCUCAGUGUGGAAAGAGUUUCAGUUGGUUACACAGCCUGAAGACACACCAUAGAACUCACACAGGGGAGAAGCCUUACCAUUGCUCGCAGUGUGGAAAGCGUUUCAGUCUGGUAGGAAACCUAAAGAGACACCAGCUAACCCACACAGUAGAGAAUCCUUACCUCUGCUCUCAUUGUGGGAAGAGUUUCAGUCAGUUACACCAUCUAAAGACACACCAGUUAAUUCACACAGAAGAGAAGCCAUAUCACUGCUCUCAAUGUGGGAAGAGUUUCAGUCAUCCAAAAGACUUAAAGUCACACCAGAGAACUCACACAGGAGAGAAGCCAUUCCACUGCUCCCAAUGUGGAAAGAGUUUCAGUCAGUUAUCAACUCUGAAAAAACACCAGCCAACUCACACAGGAGAGAAGCCUUACCAUUGCUCGCAGUGUGGAAAGCGUUUCAGUCUGGUAGGAAACCUAAAGAGACACCAGCUAACCCACACAGUAGAGAAGCCUUACCUCUGCUCUCAUUGUGGGAAGAGUUUCAGCCAGUCAUCAACUUUGAAGAAACAUCAGAGAACUCACUCAGGAGGAAAGCUGUGUCAUCAGAGCUGUUGACACUAGCUUAUUCACAUGGAAGAAGCCUAAACUCUGCUGUCAAUAUGGGGAUAGUUUCACCAGUUUAUAUUAAUAAAAUAUAACACCAACUAAUUAUGACUAACAAUAACUUUAACUGGUUACUUAAAGGGGGAAAACUUGCAAAGGAGUGUGGAACAAGAUGUCUGUGUGGAAAGCUUCAGUCAGGCAUCAAAUUUGAAGACACACCAUUUAAACCUGUUACGACACGAGUUUGACAAUAGCCAGUGAAAAAUCAGAGCGCCAUAUUCAAAACCACAAAUCUAAUCAUUUCUAUUUCUCAAACAUAAGACUAUUUUACACCAUUUUAUAGAUACACUUCUCCUGAAUGGAACCACGUUGUCCGAUUUCAAAAAGGCUUUACAGCGAAAGCAAAACAUUAGAUUAUGUUAGGAGAGUACAUAGACACAAAUAAC